AUGAGCACUAAUGAUAGCACCACCCCCAAGACUAGCAACCCUGAAGCCUCCAAGGAUAAUGACUAUGCCGAUAUUUAUCUUAAUUGUCUCAUCACACUCUGCUUACCAUAUCAUUUUUUUAAAAUCAAAGUUUCUAAUGGAAGUGAUGUUGAAUCAUUAGAAACUCAAGUUCAAGCCCAUUUGUCCCUAUUACCAUCUGAUGCAACUAGCACACCUCGCCAUAAUAAUCCUGAUCAAAAUACUAUUCAUGUACUUGUAGAACAAUUACCAGGAUCAGAAACACAAAUUAUUUAG